AUGAAGCACCUCCCGGUCCUCGAGGACGGGCCGUGGAAGACCGUGUGCGUGAAGGAGCUGAACGGCCUCAAGAAGCUCAAGCGCAAAGGCAAGGAGCCGGCGCGGCGCGCGAACGGCUAUAAAACUUUCCGACUGGACUUGGAGGUGCCCGAGCUGGGCGCCGCGGCCGCCCACGGGCUGCGGGACAGGACCCCGCGGCUGCAGCCCGUCCCGACCCCGGUGCCCGCCCCGGUGGCGCCGGCCGUUCCCUCCGGGGGAGGCCCGGACGCGGCGGGGGAGCGCGGGGGCGCCCGGGCGCCGGAGGUCCUGGAGGCGCGGAGACGCGGCUUCUCCCUGGGCGCUGUGGGUCCGGGGCUCCCCACGCCGCCGCCGCCAGCACCCCAGGGCCAGGUACCUGGGGGUCCCGAGGUGCAGCCUUUCCGGGAGCCUGGCCUGCGGCCCCGCAUCCUGCUGUGCGCACCGCCCGCCCGCCCCCUGCCUCCUGCGCCCCCCGCGCCCCCGGAGACCUCCGCGCGCCCCGCGCCCCCCGCGCGCCCCGGGGAAAGUUCCUACUCGUCAAUCUCACACGUCAUUUACAAUCACCACCCGGAUGCCUCCGCGUCGCCUAGGAAACGGCCCGGCGAAGCCACGGCCGCCGCCUCGGAGAUCAAAGCCCUGCAGCAGACCCGGCGGCUCCUGGCGAACGCCCGCGAGCGGACGCGGGUGCACACCAUCAGCGCCGCCUUCGAGGCGCUGCGGAAGCAGGUGCCGUGUUACUCGUACGGGCAGAAGCUCUCCAAGCUGGCCAUCCUGAGGAUCGCCUGCAACUACAUCCUGUCCCUGGCCCGGCUGGCCGACCUCGACUACAGCGCCGACCGCAGCAAUCUCAGCUUCUCCGAGUGUGUGCAGCGCUGCACCCGCACCCUGCAGGCCGAGGGGCGUGCCAAGAAGCGCAAGGAGUGA